CAACAGCAGCAAAAAGCAAAGUAAUACUUUUAAACCAGUCUGCACUCGCUGGCGGAAAAGCAAAAAACAAAGAUGGCUCAUUUGGAGACGCUGAACUCGUUUUUGUGUGAUCGUUUACUGGCUGCUGCGGCAGAAAUAUUUCAAGUAGUAAAGGACACUGUGUCUCAGUAUCAGGAAGAAAUAGAUCGCUCCAAACAGGAGAAUAUUUAUCUGAGGAAAAUGCUAGCGGAAGUUAGCAUCAACAAUGGAUCAGUUUCUACAGGUGCACAGACGAGCUGGACAGUCGGAUUUCCUCCAGAAGAGCCGAACAGCAAUCAAGAGGUGCUGGACUCGGAGUCCUCGCUAAUCCAGGUGAAGCUGGAGGUCAGCACUGAACAGCAGGGUGAUGAAGCGCAGCAGCCAGUGAGGGAUGCACCAACAUGCCACGUCCCUUCAGACCCUACCGAGGACGUUACGGUCAAACUGGAGCACGGUGACGCCCAGGUGGACUGCGGCGGCGAGUUAACUUCCUGUCCAGCAAACGCCGAAUGUCAGUUUGAACCAAACCCUCAGUCCUUCUGCCAGCACGAUUUCACUAACCUCCCGUUUCACUUGCAAAGCCCGGCCGCGGAAAGACUCUUCCGUUCCAAGGUGCGCCGUAAACCUCUCCGGAGCGACGCCAGUUCGAAGGGACGCAAGAUUCCACGUGGCAAAGAGAAAAAGCUCCGCUGCGAUCUGUGCGGGAAGUGGUACAGCACUCCUCACUCGCUCAAAAUCCACCUGAGGACGCACACGGGCGAGAGGCCGUUCCCCUGCAAGUUCUGCGUGAAGACUUUCCACCAGAAAGCGCACUUAAAGGAGCACGAGAGGACACACACUGGGGAAAAACCGUACAGCUGUUCAGGGUGUGGGAAACGUUUCAGUCGCGCUCAGCAGACCGGCCAAGCAGAUGCGUUUCCUCCAGAGAAGCAGAACUCCAGCCAAGCGCCAAUGGACCCCGAGACGUCAGUGAUACAAGUGAAACUGGAGCUUAGUACCACGCAGCAGGAUCUUGAACUACCAAAGCAAUCCCGUCCACCUCUUGCUUGCAGCCCUGAACUGUCUGACCGAGCUGAAGAAUCCCAUCAUGAUCUCUCAGAUGAGCAGCGAAGUGACACUGAUGGAGUUCCUGUUCCUCUAAAGCAGCCAACCUUCAACCAGGAAGCACAAAACUGCAAUCCCUCACAAAUCCAAGUCAAGCUGGAACCAGUGACUGGACAUGAGAAGGCUGAGUCACAAGAGCAACUGAAUAACGCUUCUCGAUUCAGCUCCUCUCCUGUAAGGUCUGUCGGUAGACAGGGGCAGCCUCGCUCUUCUUUCCCUGUUAAAACGGUGAAUGUUCUGGCAAAAAAAGGUCACUGUUCCACCGCAGUCUCGAGCAAACCAGAAACGUGGAACCAUACCGGAUUCUCCUCCGAUAUCUCCUGUACACCCGGGAAAAGUGAAAUUCAGUUCAAGCCUUCGGUAAAAGACGAGCCCGUUUCCCAUCCCGCUUCACAAUACGAGAAACCGUCGACUGAUUUUUCUCGUCCGAAACCUCGCUUGCCAAGUCACCUUCCUUACAGGCCGCUUUACUGCGACGUGUGCAAAAAGAUUUUCCAAAACGAAUGGCAGCUGAAAAGGCAUUUGCUGAAGCACCAGAACAAAAGGCCGAACUGCUGCGAGUUGUGCGGGAAGUGCUACAGUACGCCACACGUCCUCAAAAUCCACCUGCGAACUCACACAGGAGAGAGACCGUAUCACUGCAAGUUCUGUGAAAAGACGUUCAGUCAGAUAGGUCACUUGAAGGGGCAUGAAAGGAUUCACACUGGAGAAAAAAUUUACAGCUGCUCAGUAUGCGGGAAAUGUUUCACUUGGUUGAGUCAAGCCAAAGAGCACAUUCGGGGCCAUCCUGGUCAGCUGGCUAGAGUUCAACGAAAAAUCAAUCAGUGAUUUUAUUAUUUUAUUUUUUAAAGUACAGGAUACAUAUUGUAACUCAAGAUAUUUAAAUUAAAAUCUUAAUGAAGAGAAUACCUCUGCUCCUGUAACUCAGCUUCAAGCGGUUUAGUUGUUUUACAGAUAAGGAAUCAAACACAACAGGGCGUGCUGUUCUAGGAAAACGAGACCGUUAAUGACGGCGUAGCUCACGCCGGCCACGUCUAGUCCAGAAGGAAUGAUCUAAAGUGGGCCACCUUGCGCAAGAAGUGUUGCAAGCUAUAUACACCCGAGGAAUACCGACCUAUUUGCCAGAAAGAAUCCAAAACGGUGAGGAAUUAACUGAGACAAAGUGAUUUCUGUUGAAUUGCUCAUUAAUAAUUGUAAUUAAGCAAAUAUGGGUAGAAGUUAUAUAUAUCGUAGGUACCUCUACCUUAAUGCCGGAAAGAAUCAAAACUGGUGAAUAAUUCAGGGGGAAGAAGCAAUGUGCGUGUGGAAACUGCUCGUUAAGUCUUAAUUACUCCAUAUCUUCAUUAUUAAUUGCAAUUAUGCAAAUUUGGGUAAAAGCUAUAUGCAUCCCCACCACGAGUUGGCCUAGUGGUUAGCGUGUCUGCCUCUCGAUCGCGAGUUCUACUCGUGGUCGGGUCAUACCAAAGACAAUCAUAAAAAUGGUACCUACUGCUGUCUGGCAAGGCACGCUGCAAUACAGAUGCGAGUGUGGAGUCAAACUCUCGCGGUUACCAGAGGACUAACUCCUGACUGUAACCCUAGCUAUGUAAUAGGCGAGAGGCUGAGGGCUAUGGAAACGGAGAUCGGCGCCACCCAAUGCGAAGGGACUUUGACUGUAUGCACCCCAGGCAGACCGACCUACCUACCUUCCUGCCAAAAACAAUAAAAAUCAGUGAAGAAUUAAGAGAGAAGAAGCGAUUUUCGUGAAAUGUAGGCGACGCCGGACGGACAACAGGCAACACGAUGGCAUAAGCUCAUCACCUGUCAGCUGGAUGAGCUAAUAGUCAGCUGUUAGCAUCGCCAAGGUGAUUUUUUUAUUUUCCCCAAAAUAACUUGUCUGAAGUUUUAUUCCUCUUAUACUACAGCGAUUUUAAUGUUAUAAUAUCUAACUUAUCAUGCCAUACUUUUUUACCUAUUUAUAGUUACCUUUAGUAUUGUGUAACCUCUGCAAGACAAAUGCAUUAUAGAAGCUAUAAACAGCCAUUCCCUUGCCAAAUAACGAGGCAAAAAAUGUGCAGAGAACUGUGUUGAAAUGAGUCAUGGUGUAAUAUAUUAUACAUACAGGACACUUUUUCAAUGGAAUAAAAACUUUCUAUUCCCUUCUAGCGGGUUUCGUUCGAUAGCGUGCAAUAUUGUUAGCGUAUCACUUAUCCGACGUGUGUUACGUCGCUCUACCCAGUGAAGAAUGAGCGUUGAAUAUGGUUUCUGAUACUGCAUGGUUGUCAAGACAACAUGAAAGUUUUCUGCUGCGCAUGCACAAGCAUUUUUGUUCACCGGCGGCGCCCAUAGUAAACCGUCGCAGUGAAUUGAAAAUGCCAUAAGAUGUGUAUUACACGCAGAACUUCUGCACUAGCGAGCGACUGACAAUUUGUCAACAAACAGGUUUGUUCCAUCAAAUGUGUAUGUAUGAUAAUAAUGGCUUUUUCUGGUGGUCUGUCAAUAUAUAUUCCAUUCAGCUAACAUGAUUUUGAACUCGCCUUCGACUCGUUCAGUACCAUGCUAGCUGAAUGGAAUGUAUCUGAUACUGAUAGGCCAGCCAGUAUUAUUUAAUUGUGUCUGAGUCAACGAGGCUGUUUUGGAAACGAGAACACAGGAUGCUUCGCAAAUAUUCCAAAGUAAGUCUAAUUGACUCGUCAAUGCUAUGGCCUUCAGCCUCUGACCUGGAAAUCAAAGAACGUCCACCAUCUUUAUGGUUGGAUCACUUUGUUAAAAGCACUCGGAGGAAUCGAGGAAUGAAGAGAGAUGGGGCUCUCUGAGCCAGAAUAAAUGGGUGCUUUGAACGAGGAUUUAAAAAAAAUUAUUAGCAGCAGCUCAUCCGGCUGACAAGUGAUGAGCUUAUGCCGCCAUGUGGUGUUUGUCACCCAUCUGGUGUUGUCCACAUUUCACAAAAAUCACUUCUCUCUCAAUUCUUCACCGAUUCUUUCUGGCAUGAAGGUAGAGGUACCUAGGGUGUAUAUAACUUCUACCCAGAUUUGCUUAAGCCUAGGUCACAACCGGACGUAUGAUUUUUUGGCCGUGCAAUUUUUGGUGCUUCCCAAAUCGCUGCUUUUUUUUUUUCGUGGAAAAAGACGCACGUUGGCCGUAAGUUUGUCUUGCACCCUGAAAAAAAAAAGCGUAAGCGCCCGUAGAGUUUGUUUGACAUGACAAAGAACCUCUGCGGCCAGUCUACGGCUUGAAAAUCAGCAUGUCAUGCGUGCCCUCCAUGCGUUUCUUGCGUUUUUUGCAUGUAGACCGGCCAUAGGAGCACGUACAGCCGGUUGUGACCGAGGCUUUAAUUACAAUUAAUGACGUUAUGGACUAAUCAAGCCUUAAUGAGCAGUUCAAGAAAAAUCGCUGCUUCAGUCAGUUCCUUGCCGUUUUGGAUUCUUUCUGGCAAAUAGGUCGGUAUAGUAGAGUGGGGGAAAAAGCCCCCCCUUAAGGAAAAUUCAGUUUUUCUCCAAGUUGAAAUGAACCAUGUGUUUAGUUUUAAUCAUAGUUUUUGACAACAGUGACAUGAACAAUAAUGCCACCUAAAGUUUGCCUAAAGUUAAUACUUAAUUUUUUUUUUUUUAACAAAAACAUACAUUGUGCCAAGGGGGCCUUUUACCCCCCCAGUGGGGUAAAAGGCCCCCUGAGGUGGGACAAUAGGCCCCCUCACUGAAAAAAAGCUGUUUGGAUAGCAAAAGUGUUUACUUAAGCCUAUAAUGUGAAAGAAACAAGAAAAUAUCCCUGAAUUAAUGAAUAGAUGCAUUAUUUUAUUAUAUUUUGCAUUUUAAUUUCAAUUUUUUUUUUAAUUUCAAUUAUUUUUAAUAUUAAGUUCAAAUUACUUGCUUUACUCAACCAGGUAAGCGAGAUGUUAUUAAAAACUAUGUAUCUGCUAUUCAGAAAUGUAUGAAAUACAGUAAUUAUGAUAAAAGGAAACGAUGCCCCCUGGGGGCCAUUUACCCCGCCAUUAAGGGGGUGUUUUACCCCACAGACUACACUUUUACAAAAAAGGGUCUUACUUUCAAAAUGUGAUUCAACUUUUUAUACCUAAUGUAUUUUUUUAAUGUACUGACUUGUCUACUCAUACCACAUACACAGCUGUGAUAUCUGCCGAAAUAGCAGCUAUCUGAAAAUUAUAUCACUUACCAUGAAAUUUGAUUUCUCUCCGCUGCGUUGCUGAUAUGCGAUCCACAGUGGAUAUUUGUAUAUCCCCGUUGUCAAGCCAGUAGCAAAGCAAAGGGGGUCCCAUAUACGUUUUCGUACAUUGGGGGAGUGCCUGUUAGAGAGCGCACUUGUCCUGGGCCAUCGGCAUAGUGAGGUAGGGUGGCCAGUUCCUUUCCUCGCCGCCUUUAACUUCCCCAGUGUUUCCACCAGGUCCCCAUUCACUGCUGGGUGGACAGGGAGCGAGCCCCAGAUCCCCGUCGAGCCGAGGCUCGAACCAGGGACCGUUCGCUUAGCGGUCAAGCGCUCUAACCACUUGGCCACCUGCGCUCCGUCAAGCCAGUCCAUAGCAACAAUAGAAAUGUAACUUUGCGCCAUCUGGUGGUUAUUUUGGGUAAAACAGGCCGGGGGCAUAUUACCCCAUGGGGGCGUAUUACCCCACUCUAUUCCUAGGGUGUAUAUAGCUUAUAUAUAUAGCUUGCAACGUUUUAUUGCGUACUUUUAUAUCGUUCCUUCUGGACUACACCUGGACCAGAGUGAGCUAUGCCGUCAUUAACAGCCUCAUUUUUUUCUUAAUUUAUUAGACCAUCAUGUAAACCUAUGGUAUAACAUUUCUACGUCCUCCAAAGGAAAAAAUUCUGACCAAUGAGUAAUCUUAAGAAGAAGAAUAAACUAAAACACUGGCUCCAUGAAACUAAAGUCACUCUUUAUGCGUAUGAUAUACACAUGCAAAAACAAUUGAGUGUAUUAAGACUCGUGUACAUGCGAUGCUCUGUGUUCAUUGAGACACCUGCGGAAGUCACGGAUAAACAAGAAAUUUGAUUGAUCUCUUUUAAAACGUUUUCACCAGCGAUUCCUCCAGAAGUUAAGCUGGGAAGCAUUUAAAGAAAAGAGAAGCAUGUACAGGGUCACUGAUGCAAAACGUCACCACUGUUACUUAUGUAUGUCCUGUUUUUGUUGAAAAUUUUCAGCUUGAUGUAUUUUUUGGAGGAUGGCGCUGUGAUGGAUCUGCUGUCUAAUGUCUGACUGUGAAAGGACAGAGCUGUGCAUAGGAGAGAGAGAGGGAGAACCUGACUGGAGCACUGAGACCCUGAAAUUAAGUUGACUCUCCAGCCAUAAAACAUCUGAAUGGUGAAUUUUGCUGGCUGUUUGAAAGUUUUUAAGCAUUAACACGGUUGAAGGAGCAGUUUUUGUAAAAGGGUCAGUGUUUUGAACCAAGAGUCCAGUUCAGUUUCUCCAGCAGUUGUCUUAAGUGAAACCGACGACACUAAACCUAUCAUACGAGCAUGUUUCUCAGAAUAUAAUAUGAAAUGAAUACAGUGCCAAAAUAUGAGAUUAACAUGCAUAAUCAUUUAUUCAUUAAAAAGUUUAUUUUCCUUGUUAGUAUAUUGACUACUCAUUUGUUGUUUUUGCUUGAAUUAAGUCUGAUAUUAAAUACUGAUUAUUUAAAUGAUGUAAAAUAUUUGAAUAUUAAAAUAUACUCUUUAUUUUUACACUCGAGUGGUUUAUCAG